AGCACAGCACCGCUCCAUUCCCCCAACCCGCCCAUCGUUCCCCACCUCCAUUCACGACCUGGAGAUGGCCGAAUCCGACACGGCGGCCGGCAUGAUGGCCGAAUCCGACGCGGCGGACGGCAAGAUGGCCAACGGCGAGGUCUCCGACGACGGCCGCGCCGUCGAGGUCUCCGGCGGCGGCGAGGACACCCUCCCCGCGGUGCUCCGCGGCUUCGUGGACGGCGUCUGGCCGCCCGGCGACGGCGGAGAUCCGCUCCUGCGGCGCCUCCGCGCGGCGACCUGCGAGGCCGCGCCGCGGCUGCGGGACGCCUCCAGGAACUCGGCCCGCGAUCUGCUCGCCUGGACCAAGCAGGGCAGCGGCCUCCGCGCCAUCCUCGUCAUCUCGGUCGGAACAAUCACGAUGAUAUCAUUGACUGGCCUGCUGAUUUUCAUGUCCUUCCUUCUGGUUGCGACCGCUAAUGCCAUUAUCGUUUCAGUUCUUAUGUCCUUGGCAGCUGCUGGAGGGUUCCUGGCUUUGUUCUUUGCAUGCUUAGUUGCAGUCUAUGUCGGAGCAGUAUCAAUUGCCAUAUUCGUCAUUUCGGCCACUGUUAUCUCUGCAAUUGUGGGAGUCCUGAUUGCCACCGGUUGGAUCGGAUUCUUUUGGAUGAUUUGGUUUGCCGCAAGGAAGAGCCUGGACCUUACAAAGCACUCAAUCGGCAUGACGACCUCUGCUAUGCAGUCGUAUUCAGCUUCUCGGAGUGUGGGGCCGAAGCCCACAGACUGACUGAUAUAGCAGCAAGUGGUUUAGCUACGGUGCGCCGUCUGUUAUUGCGUGAUGUUUCUGCUCUGCUGUUGUUGUGUUACUAGGCUGCCUAAAGUUUGCCGUAUGUGAAUCACCGCUCGUCGAGUUUAUUGCGAGUAGAGGACAUGAAUCCCUGUAUAGUGAUCAGGAUGUAGUGUAAGGUAUCCCCGCGUCCCUGAACUUUCGGCACCCUGUGUUGUAUGCUCAUAGUAACGAAUAAGGCAAUAAUGCUGGCUGUGCUUGUGCUGUUAAAGGAGGGGUCCUCCGUGGCUAUGUUGAGGCAUAGAGUAAUAAAUAAAGACAGUAGUUGCCAAUUUCA